AUGCCGGCCGCGGGGUUUAUGGGCAUGCCCAUGAAGGAUGACAUAGACACAACCUGGACCUACCUUCACGAUGGCAUUACGAUGAUCAUGACGAACCUUCAACAGGGUAUCGACCUGAAGGCGUACAUGGGGAUCUACACUGCCGUCCACAACUUUUGCAUCUCGCAAAAAGCUUCGACCUUUACGUUGCAGACGCAGGGUAUGGGUACCGGUCAACGCGGGGCUCAUCUGCUCGGCGAAGAUCUUUACAGGAAGUUGACCGACUAUCUCUCCAAUCACCUUCAGGGUUUGGUCAUCGAGUCCGCAGGCCACACCGACGAGGCGCUUCUCUCCUUCUAUAUCCGAGAGUGGCAGCGGUACACCGAUGCCGCCAAAUACAUUCACCAUUUGUUCCAGUACCUCAAUAGGCAUUGGGUUAGGCGUGAGAUCGAGGAAGGGAAAAAACACAUAUACGACGUCUACACCCUACACCUGGUCCAAUGGCGCGAUGUCCUGUUCACCAAGGUCUGGGAGAAGGUCAUGGCGGCCGUUCUCAAGCUCGUUGAGAAGCAGCGCAACGGUGAAACCAUUGAGCACAACCAAAUCAAGCAGGUGGUCGACUCGUUCGUCUCCCUGGGUCUGGACGAUGGCGACGCCUCCAAGACAACGCUUGACGUCUAUCGGUAUCACUUUGAGCGCCCGUUCCUUGAUGCCACAAAGCUUUUUUACCAGAACGAAAGCAAACAGUUUGUUGCCGAGAAUAGCGUCGUCGAGUACAUGAAGAAGGCCGAGACGCGCCUCAGCGAGGAAGAGGAACGCGUGAAGCUCUACCUCCACCCCGAUAUUGCCUUUUCUCUAAAGAAGACAUGCAAUACGGCAUUGAUCGCCGAUCAUUCCACCGUCCUUCGCGACGAGUUCCAGGUUCUCCUCGACAACGACAGGGAAGAGGAUAUGGCUCGCAUGUACAGCCUUCUGUCCCGCAUCCCUGAAGGCCUCGACCCUCUUAGGACCAAGUUCGAAACGCACGUCAGGAAUGCUGGUUUAGCGGCUGUCGCAAAGGUGGCGUCAGACGCUGACAAGCUAGAGCCCAAGGUCUACGUCGAUGCUCUGCUCGAAAUUCACACUCAAUACCAAGGGUUGGUCAAGCGCGCGUUCAGGGAUGAGCCCGAGUUCACACGGUCACUCGACAACGCUUGCAGAGAGUUCGUCAACCGCAACGACGUUUGCAAGUCAGGGUCUAAUAAGUCCCCCGAGCUCCUGGCCAAGUACACCGAUGUGCUCCUCCGCAAGAGCAGCACUGGUGUGGAGGACACCGAGUUGGAGAACACCCUGGUCCAGAUCAUGACGGUGUUCAAGUACAUCGAAGAUAAGGACGUCUUCCAGAAGUUCUACUCUCGCAUGCUCGCCCGCCGUUUAGUACAUAGCAAUUCUUCCUCAGAUGACGCCGAGACGAGCAUGAUCAGCAAGCUCAAGGAGGCCUGCGGGUUUGAGUACACCAACAAGCUCCAGCGCAUGUUCCAGGACAUGCAGAUCUCCAAGGACCUGAACAGCGGUUUCAGGGAACAUGUUCAGGCGGUCGGCAGCAAGGGCCUUGACUCAACAUACUCCAUUCUGGGUACUGGCUUCUGGCCCCUUACCCCGCCAGGGACCAACUUUAACCCACCCGGCGAAGUGGCGGCAGACUGCGAGCGGUUCAGCCGCUUCUACAAGAAUAAGCAUGAUGGGCGCAAGCUCACCUGGCUGUGGCAAUUGUGCAAGGGCGAGGUCAAGGCGAAUUAUGUCAAGAACGCCAAGAUGCCCUACACGUUCCAGGUCUCGAUUUACCAGAUGGCCAUUCUCCUUCUGUUCAACGAGAAGGACAAGAACACGUACGAAGAACUUUCGUCGACCACACAGCUGAACAAUGAAGCGCUCGACCCUUCGCUCGGUAUCUUGCUCAAGGCCAAAGUGCUCAAUCUCGAUACCAGCGGAGGCAGCGCCUCCAAGGUCGGCCCAGGCGCGGUCUUUGCUCUCAACUACGACUUCAAGAGCAAGAAGUACCGCGUCAACCUCAACGUGGGCAUGAAGGCAGAAACGAAACAGGAGGAGGCUGAGACCAACAAGACGAUCGAGGAGGACCGCAAGCUUCUGUUGCAGUCCGCCAUCGUCCGCAUCAUGAAGGCGCGCAAGCGCAUGAAGCACCAACAGUUGGUCAGCGAGACCAUCAACCAGAUUCGCGCUCGCUUCGUGCCCAAGGUUAGCGACAUCAAGAAGUGCAUCGAGAUUCUGCUUGACAAAGAAUACCUCGAGCGUCUAGAGGAUGAUGACAUCGGCUACCUCGCUUAA